AUGCGCAAACCGCUCAUGCGCAUUCCCUAUACCGACGUCCUGGCCCCGCCCACCCUCGUCCCCGCCUCGGCCGCCUCCCUUCCCGGAGCCCUCGCCGCCCUCGCCAACUUCCUCGCCGCCCCGUCCCCCCGUGGCCUCCCCCCCUCGGCCGUCGUCCUCUCCGGCGCCGGCCUCUCCGUCGCCUCGGGCCUCGCCGACUACCGCGGCGUCAAGGGCACCUACAGGGUCAACAAGUCCUACCGCCCCAUCUACUAUGCAGAGUUUCUCGACAGCCACGAGACCCGCAAGAGAUACUGGGCCCGCAGCUUCCUCGGCUGGUCCAGCCUUCACAAGGCCGAGCCAAACGCCGGCCAUUACGCCCUCAGGGACCUUGGCGACUUGGGCCUGAUCCGGAGCGUCAUCACUCAAAACGUCGAUUCCUUCCAUCCACAGGCCCACCCCCGGCUACCCUCCCUCGAGCUGCACGGCUACCUGAGGUCCACCGUCUGCACCUCCUGCCGCGGCGAGUUUUCCCGCGACCAGUUCCAAGACCGCCUGGCCCGCCUCAACCCUCGUUGGGCCCAGCUCCUGCAGCAGGCUCUCGCAUCCGGCGCUCUCGACACCGAGGAUCCUGCCCAGCGCCGCUUCAAGGGCCUCAAGUCCAACCCCGACGGCGACGUCGACUUGCCCGAGGCCCCAUACACCACCUUUAGGUACCCCCCCUGCCCCCGCACGGCAGGCAUCCUCAAGCCCGCCGUCGUCAUGUUCGGCGAGAGCAUCGCCGCUUCCGUCAAGACGGCCGCCGAGGAGGCCAUCGACGGCGCCGGCAAACUGCUCGUUCUCGGCACGUCGCUCGCAACGUAUUCGGCGUGGAGGCUGGCCAAGCGGGCCAAGGACAGAGGCAUGUCCAUUGCCAUUAUAAACAUGGGCGGUGUGAGGGGAGAGGACCACUUCUUCACCGACCUGAGUCCAGGUCAAUCUGGCGAGCAGGCCGUUAGAGUCGAGUUUGCGACGGACCAGCUUUUACCCGCUCUCGUCUCUGAGCUGCGCAUGGGCGCCGCAACGGCCACCGGUGACGGACCCAUUACCGACGCCCCGCGCGAAAAUGCCUUCAAGGAUAUGCUGUCCUGA